AUGAAGGUCGAGGGCGACUACGUUCACGCCGACGGCACCGGAAACGUUGGCUGGCAGGACCUGACCGUCGAGCAGCAAGAAAAAUGGAAUCGCACGACAAUGCACACCUCGCGCGCGGUCUUCUCGGGCGAAACCACCUAUGAGCCGUGGCACGAUAUUCCCUGCUCCUACAUCAUCUGUGAGCAGGAUCAGGCCUUGUCGCCAGCUAUCCAGGAGUUCUUUGCCUUGAAAAUGGGGGGGCCUGACACUACCCACCGCCUGCCGAGCUCGCAUUCGCCGUUCUUGAGUAUGCCCGAUCGCCUGGUGGGUGUUCUGGGAGAGACAGUGAAGGUGUAA